AUGCCCGACUCGAUCGAUGCUCCGCUGAUGGCCGGCCGACAGGACCGGGACGACGAGCUCGACUACCGGGACGCGGACGAGGAGGCCGACGUGCUACCGGCUUCCAUGAAGCAUGCACGCCAAUCGGGCCCGAGCAUCUUUGUAUGGCUUCUCACUUUUGCUGCCGGCAUCAGCGGAUUGUUGUUUGGAUAUGAUACGGGCGUAAUAUCAGCAACACUCGUCAAGAUCGACACCUCACUAUCGAACCGAGUCCUCACUACAUUCGACAAGUCAAUUAUAACCUCCAGCACCGCGCUCUUCGCGCUCCUCGUCUCCCCCUUUUCCUCCAUCGUCGCCGAUGCGCUGGGCCGCAAGCGCGUCAUCUUCGUCGCCGACAUCCUCUUCAUCCUCGGCGCUCUGACGCAGGCGUGGGCCGGUACGGUCACGUCGAUGGUGAUAGGGCGGUCAAUCGUCGGCCUAGCCGUCGGAGCCGCCAGCUUCGUCGUCCCCCUGUACAUUGCCGAGCUGGCGCCCGCUAGCCACCGCGGCCGGCUUGUGACGAUGAACGUCCUGUUCAUCACACUGGGCCAGGUGGUCGCGUACAUCAUCGGCUGGGCUUUCGCCGAGUACGGCGACCAGUCGACGGGGUGGCGCUGGAUGGUUGGUCUAGGGGCGCUCCCCGCGGCUCUGCAGUGCUCGAUCCUCGUGCUCAUGCCCGAGUCCCCACGCUGGUUGGUCAUGGUGGGCCAGUCGCUCAAGGCCAAGAAGGUCGUCGAGAGAGUGCUGGGAAACACCGUCGGCGGCAUGAGGAAUGCCGAGGCGGUCAUCAAGGAGAUUGAAAUCGAAAUCAGGGAGGAGAGGGAAGUCAUGAGGCGGGAGGGGUCGCCGCGCAUGGAGUGGUGGGGAGGCUGGCAAGAGCUCUUCUCCGUCGGGAGAAACAAGCGCGCGUUGGUCAUUACUUGCUUGCUUCAGGGCUUGCAACAGCUGUGUGGCUUCAACUCGCUCAUGUACUUCUCGGCGACCAUCUUCAAGAUGGUGGGGUUCGGCACGCCCACACUCACUGCCAUGAGCGUAGCGGUCACCAACUUCAUCUUCACGGUGGCGGCGUUGUGCCUCAUCGACCGCAUCGGAAGACGCAAGAUCCUGCUCUAUUCCCUGCCGUUCAUGAUUGCGGGCCUGAUGCUCUCCGCAUAUGGCUUCUCCUUCGUUGACCUACGCCCGGAAACAGCGGCGGCUUCCGAGGGCGGCACGGGAGAGGGAGCGGCCACAGACAGGGGAGCGGCGGUCUUGAUUCUUGUCAGCAUCAUGGGAUAUGUUGCAGCGUACGCGCUGGGACUGGGCAAUGUGCCAUGGAUGCAGAGCGAGCUGUUCCCGUUGGCAGUGCGGUCAAUCGGCAGCGGAGUGUCUACCGCGACGAACUGGGGCGCCAACUUUGUUGUCGGCCUGACGUUUCUCCCGCUUAUGGACGCGCUGAGCCCGUCGUGGACGUUUGUACUCUACGCGCUGAUAUGCUUGGUAGGAUACGGAUUAAUCUGGCGCAUCUAUCCUGAGACGUCAGGGUUGAGCUUGGAGGAGGCGACGAAUCUAUUAGAGAACGGAUGGGGAGUCCGACGAUAG